GGUUGGGGGGACCUAAGGGUUAUAUAGCGUCAGGAAAAUUAGUUUGUUUUCCUGACACUAUAGUGAUCCUCUAAAGCUGUUUUUUGCACAUUUUGCACGGAGAUGAGGCAGAUAAGGAAGGAGGAGCGAGGCUACGUAGGUGCCUGUUAAAGGACUCGAGGAGUGCUUAAGGUCCAAGGGUAAGGGAAUUGGGCGUUGGCAAACCACGCUACACCACUGGGUCAAGAUGAUGGUUUAAAAUCAAGACUGGCAAAUUAAUUAGCACUAAAAAGUAAUUCAAAUUUGUAAAAAGUAAAGGAAGACGUUUUUGAAUUAAUCAAUGCAUGGUUCAGCAAGAUGGAAAUAUAAGAAAAAAUAGUUAUCCAUCAAACCAUUUUUUCCCGGUCUGACUAUAUUUGUUUGUUUUUGCAGAAACCUGGUAAGAAUGUUGAUGCCAUUAUCCACGACAUCCAUUCGCAGAGGGGAAGAGAUAUGUUCCGUGACACAGACAGGUAUAUUAAACUCAAUAUGAUUAUGUCAUCAUUGACCUUAUUUAUAUUAAGAUGGAGGUCCAACGAGGGUCAUAUUUACAUGCUAGGUGCAUGUAGAUACAAAAUUCUAAGGCAUCCCCUGGGCCCCUUCACCACCAAAAAGAAAAGGCAGAUAAAAUAAGUUCAAUAAAUGUAUUAACAAGAAUAAAACAUUUAUAAAUAUAUAUGUUCAUAUUUGACAAUUGCAUAUGUCGAUAUAUAUGUGCAUAUUCCUGCUUGCCAUGUAUUGUGUUUACGUAAGUGAAUAUAGUAAGUGUAUGCAGCGUACUUGUAUGUAGGGCCAAAGACAAUGUUAGACAAUGUUACAGUAAAGGGGGUUUAAAGUUAGAGAGGUAAAAAAUAAAAUAAUACCACGCUCAAAUAGUUCAAAAUGGUUUCAAUAGAAAAACUCCUUUUAAAAGAAACUUUUUAUUGCUAAGGAUAGGCUCGAUGUCAGCCAAUAGAUCAUGAAACCUUAAGCACAAUUACAAUGACAUGUAGCUUAAAGGUAAAUCAGAAAUGUCUAUUUUGUGGUUCCAUUACCAAGAUACAUGAGUGUAUAGAAGAAGAAGAUUUGCAACUCAAAGUAUAAAUGGGUAAAUAUAUAAAAUGAUAUGCAUGCAAAAGAACCAAUAUGAGUCCCCUUGCAUUAGUAUAAAUAUAUAUAUUUACACACACACACACAAUAUCAACUGUAUGGAACACACAUAAUUAAGUACAUGUUACAAAGGCAAAUUAAAUUUCAAACGGCAUCACUAGGGUAUUGUAAUAUAUGGGAAUGCCCUCCUCACAGGCAAAUAAACAGUUACGGUUCCCAUAUACCCAUACGUUGUUUGUCUGUCAUUUGAAUGUCCUAAUCCUCUUGUAUAAAUUCUACAGGUUAUAUUCUGGUAAAUGUAAAAAAAAAUGGCAUAUAAAACUCAAAAAACUGAAAAUAAAAAUAAUACUAAGCAAAAGAUACUGCCAGCUAGCACUAGCGUAAUAUAAUGCCCAUAUGUCAUAUGUCUGUAAGAAAUUUGAAGAGAACUUGCUAUUCACAAAAACAGUCCUUUUGUUAUAAUGGAAACAGCAUAGAGAGCUGUGUAUUUGUUUAGAUCUCACCCCAUACGUGGGAACCAAGGCUGUUGCAGGGUAAAGAUGUAUAAGUAGAUGUCCUAAAACCAGCAGGACUUUAGGACAGUCUUCUAGGUUCUUUUGGUGGAUUCUCGUUUUUUCAGGGAAUUCCUGUGAAGGUCCAAACCGGGAUUGCACAUUUGGGACUGUUUAGGGUUAAGACUGCCUCUACUGGUUGCCAAUCAUGAUAUUAACUUAACAUUCUGUAACACUGCAGAGCUGUAACACUGCAGAGCAGAGCUUAAGCAGUACUUUAUGGACACAGCAAGAACUUUCGGUGCAGUAAGCUGAAGUACAGCGCCUAGAAACCUAAAAACUAACAUCAUAUACACCAGCAUUUUAAAGUAAAAAAUAUGAAAUACUGCGAACUGUGUGGGAGGAACAGAAAGGAUGGGCUUAUAGAGUAAAACUAAUUGAAAGUAAAAAAAAACCAAAAAAAAACCAUUAAUUUAAAAAAAAAAAUCCAUUAAAUCAAACUAUCUUCUAACGGCCAGGAGUAGGCAUCUUGACACUCCAGAUGUUGUGGAAGACAUCUCCCCUGAUGUGCAUUAUGAAAGAUAUAAUCCACAACAUCUGGAGUGCCAAAAGUUGCCUACCCCUGUAAAUAAAUGUAAGCUAUGAAUUGUUCUUAACAUGUGUGGAUGUUUGGCAUUCCGCUUUAAAGAAUCAUAAUUGUAAUAAUUACAAAAUGAACUGGUUGAUGUUUCUUACCACAGCUAUGUCAUCUUCUUAUACAGGUAUCGAAAUGAAAUGACGCGCUCCCGUAGUCCUGUGAGUCGCUCUUUGUCCCCAAGAUCUCACACACCUAGUUAUACAUCAUGUAGCUCUACCCAUAGUCCUUUAGGAACAACAAGAACCGAAUGGGGGAAUGGCAGAGAGUCGUGGGACCAGACUGCAUAUGGUCGGUGGGAAGAGGACAGAGAGCAGGGUGCUUGGAGGGACAGCGCUGAGGAGAAGAGAGAUAGAACAGACCACUGGGUUCAUGAGCGGAAGCAUUACUCCCGGCAGCUUGAAAAGUUAGAGUUGGAUGAUCGUACUGAUGCGUCAAGAGGUCACAGGGACAAAUAUGGAAACCCCCAUUCAACCAGAUAUAAAGGCAGAGAAGGAAAAUACUACAGGAAAGAGUCCAAGUUGAAGUCAGAGGGAAAAUCUCAAGAUACUUCUGGAAAACCGAAAAGAAAAGAAGAAGGAAAGGUACGGGAUGUUAAAGAAAGUCAUAGUGAGGACUUAAGUAAGAAGGAAAUAUCAGAACCAAAAUCAAUGAAAGAAUGUGACAGUGAGAAGGACACAGACAAGAGCAAAAAAAUAAACUCUUCGGGUGAGGAAGAACUCAAUGAGGGCAUCAAAAAAAGCAAAGACGAAAGGCCGGUAAGAGAAGCAGGGUCUAGAUAGUUUAUGUUUUAUCAGGGGGAAAUUAUUCACCUUUGUUCCUUAUCCUUUGGAGAUUUACAGAUUUCCUUUCUUCAGCUGGUAAUAUUUACAUGAUUUAGGUGGUAUGGAGAAAGCACAGGAUGGUUAUCAUGUAGGGGGUGUAAGCUAUGUUACUGACUUUGCAAAUGCUUGUGCUAACACAUUUUUUUUUAAAUUCUUUAUUUAUGGUACAUUUUAUGUAGUUUGGUGGGAGGGGUAUGGGGUACAGAAGAGAAAUUGGGGUGGGGGGGUGGGAGUGCUUACACACUUUUGGCCAUAAUUAGUAGAUAUGACUUCUGUAGAGAUAUUUGCUCAAAAAAAACAAAAAAAAAAAAAAAAAAACAACAACCAUACAUUAUACGUAUGUCACGAAAAUUACAUCUAUACAUAUCUAGUACACUUGAAAUAUUAUUAUUUAAGUCAUGACCUAACAAUUUAAAGGGUGCAGUGUGUGUGAAAAAUAACACAAAGAAAUGACUACCCAAAAGUUUGACAAAGACUGGUGGUAGAAUUAGUGCAUGGAAAGUGUUAAAAUACCCUCAUUUAAAUACCCUAGGGUGUCUACUUUUCUAAAUAUAUGGUUUGAUGGGGGUAAAUUACAUUGGCUGGCUUAAAAAAUGUCCCAAAUAAGACAUGGGUGCAUGAUGACCCGCUGUGAAGUUGGAAAACUGGAAUGCGCACCCUCCAAAUAAGGUCUUUUAGCCCCUAGAGAAUCCCACACACCUGUACGUGGGUAGUAUCACUGUACUCAGGUGAUAUUGCUGAACACAUAUUUGGCAGUAAUAAAUAACAGUAGCUAAGAAUACAUGCCUAAAGUACAGUGUGUGUGAAAAAUAACAAAAAAAAGGACUACCCAAAAUGUUGACAAAGACUGGUGGUAGAAUUAGUGCAUGGAAAGUGUUAAAAUGCCACCAUUUGAAAUAACGAAGGGUGUCUACUUUUCAAAAAUAUAUGGUUUGAUGGGGGUGAAUUACAUUGGCUGGCAUGUUAGCAUUGGUUAUUUCUAAACUCAGGACAAAAUUUAGACACUAUUUAGCAUGGGUGCUUUUUGGUGGAUGUAGAUCCGUAACAGAUUUUUGGGGUCAACGUUCAAAAAAGUGUGUUUUUUUACAUUUUUUUCAUCAUAUUUUAUAAUUUUUUUAUAGUAAAUUAUAUGAUAUGAUGAAAAUAAUGGUAUCUUUAGAAAGACCAUUUAAUGGUGAGAAAAACGGUAUAUAAUAUGUGUGGGUACAGUAAAUGAGUAAGAUGAAAAUCACAGCUAAACACAAACAUGAAUUGGUACUCACAUUUAUUUGGGACCUGCCCCAGUGCAUACUCAACUUUCGCCCCAAUUACCUCUUUCGCCCCCAGUACCUCUAUUUCGCCCCAAUUUACCUCUAACAAGCCCCCCUCCCGGGUACGCUGGCACAAUGUAUCCGCCCCGGUACCCUCUAACAAGCCCCUCCCGGUACCUCUAACUGCCCCGGCUCCAACACUAUCGAGUACCCCACUAACUGCCCCCCUGCUCCAACUAUACCAAGUACCCCACUAACCAGGCCCCCCGUCUCCAAAUGUACCCCCUGUGUCUGUCCGUUUAACCAGCCCCCCGAGUACCUCUAACUGCCCCUCUGAGUACCCCUCAAACCUGCACCCCGACACCAACUGUACCCUCUGUCUGGUUGCUUAACCAGCCCCCCGAGUACCUCUAACUACCCCUCUAACCGGCACCCCCCUGAGUACCCUCCUAACCUGCCCCCUCAUAGUAUCUCUGACCGACCCCCAGCUCCAACUGUACCCUCUGUGUCUGUCCGCUUAACCUGGCCCCCGAGUACCCCCUAACCAGCCUCCCCCGAGUACCUCUGACUGCACCCUGACUCCAACUGUACCCUCUGUCUGGUUGCUUAAUCAGCCCCCUAAUUACCCCUCUAACCGGCCCCCUGAGUACCCCUCUAACCACCCACCCCCCUCCAAGAGUACCUCUAACCGGCUCCAGCUGUACCCUAUGUGUCCACUUAACCUGGCCCCCUGGUAUCCUCCUAACCAGCCCAGAGUACCCCUCAAACCUGCACCCCGACUCCAACUGUACCCUCUGUGUCUGGUCGCUUAACCGGCCCCCCCUGAGUACCUCUAACUGCCCCCUCAGAGUACCUCUAACCGACCCCCAGCUCCAACUGUACCCUCUGUGUCUGGCCGCUUAACCGACCCCCGGCUUUAGCUGUACCAUAUGUGUUUGGCCGCUUAACCUGCCCCCCAAGUACCCCUCUAACCGGCCCCCUGAGUACCCCUCUAAACUGCCUCCACCCCCCUCUGAGUACCCUUCCCGGCCCCCCAACUCCAACUGUGCCCUCUGUGUCUGGCCGCUUAACCUGUCCCUCGACUCCAACUGUUACCCCCCGCCUGACCACCCCUCUAAUCGGCCCCCCGACUCCAACCCUCUGUGUCUGGCUGUUUAACCUGCCACCCGACUACCUCUAA